AUGAGGCUCCUGCUCUGCGCCCCCCUCUUCCUCACCCUCCUGGCACCCCUGGACGGCAGACCCCAGCCCGCAGGUGGGCGCUGCCGGGCCGGCGGCCUGGACCUGGUGUUCCUGGUUGACAGCUCUCGCAGCGUGCGCCCCUGGGAGUUGGAGGCCACGCGGGGCUUCCUGGUGGCCCUCAUCCGGGGCCUGGACGUGGGGCCCAACGCCACGCGCGUGGGCCUGGUCCAGUACUCCAGCCGGGUGCGGCGGGUCUUCCCGCUGGACGCCUUCUCCCGCCCGGACGACGUGGAGCGGGCCGUCCGCGCCAUGGCGCCGCUGGCCCGGGGCACGAUGACCGGGCUGGCCCUCCAGUACGCCGCCAACGUGGCCUUCACCGGGCCCGAGGGCGCCCGGCCGGCCGGGGCGCGGGUCCCGCGCGUGGCCGUGGUGGUGACGGACGGGAGGCCGCAGGACCGGGUGGCCGAGGCGGCGUCGAGGGCGAGGGCCCGGGGCAUCGAGAUCUACGCCGUGGGCGUGCGGAGGGCGGACGUGGACUCCCUGCGCGCCAUGGCCUCGCCGCCGCUGGACUCGCACGUGUUCCUCGUGGACUCCUUCGACGCCCUGGCCGAGGCCGGCCUCCGGUUCCGCGGCCGGCUGUGCGACGCGGAUCUGUGCGCGGGGCAGGCUCACGGUUGCCAGCACCUGUGCGUCAGCGGCCCCGGCUCCUUCCACUGCGCCUGCGACCCCGGCUACCGGCUGGACGCCGACAACAAGAGUUGCUCCGCUAUCGACGUCUGCGCCGAGGGCACGCACGACUGCCAGCAUCUCUGUGUCGCUUCUCCCGGCUCCUACUCCUGCCGCUGCCGGGAGGGUUAUAUCCUCCACCGGGACCAGAGGAGCUGCACCACCCGGGAUCUCUGCAACGGCGUGGACCACGGCUGCGAGUUCCAGUGCGUGAGCGUGGGCUCCUCUUACCGCUGCGCCUGUCCGGAGGGACGGCGGCUCCAGGCUGACGGGAAGAGCUGCGGCCGCUGCGGGUCGGGUCCCACGGACCUGGUGCUGGUCAUCGACGGCUCCAAGAGCGUGGGCGCGCAGCAGUUCGAGCUGGUGAAGCGUUGGGUGGGCGAGCUGGUGGGCUCCCUGGACGUGUCCCCCGCGGGGACGCGCGUGGGGCUGGUCCAGUUCUCCAGCCGGGUCCGCACCGAGUUCCCGCUGGGCCGCCACGGGACCAAGGCCGAGGCGGAGGCGGCCGUCCGGGCCGUGACCCCCAUGGACAAGGGCACCAUGACGGGCCUGGCCCUGCGGCAUUUGGUGGAGCGCGGUUUCUCCGAGGCCGAGGGGGCGAGGCCCGGCUCCCGCCGGGUCGGGCUGCUGGUCACCGACGGCCGCUCCCAGGACGACGUCUCCCCGUGGGCCGCCAGGGCCAAGGACCGAGGCAUCGUGAUGUUCGCCGUGGGGGUCGGCAAGGCCGUGGAGGAGGAGCUGCGGGAAAUCGCGUCCGACCCCGUGGAGCGGCACGUCUCCUACGCCGCGGACUUCGGCGCCCUGACGCGCCUCUUGGACCACCUCAAGCUCGACACCUGUCCAGGGAGGAAGAGAGACAGGAGUGCGGGGUGGGGAGGUCCGUCGUCUGUGAUUGUGUCCUUAAUGGUGUCACUGAGGCAGCUGUGGGUGCGGGUGGAGGCGGUGGAGCGUCGCCUUUCCCGCCUUUCUCGCUUUUCCCGCCAAAACUAA